CCUGAAGGUGUGGGGGGCCGAUGGGGAGCUGUUUCUGCUGACAUCAUGCACCUGGGAGGUACCCAGGAGGCCGCCUCUGCCCUAGUCUGCCCACUGAAGAUGGCUCGUGCCCACCCUGGGACAGAGCCUAGCGCCUGAGGACCUUACCAUGGUGAUGAUCCUAAGGAAAAGCCUCAACGACCAGGGAGCUGACUCCAUAGCAGGCAGGACCUUCAACCCUGAGCUGCACACGCCAAAGAAGAUGAGUCAAGGACCGACACUUCUCUCUUGUGGAAUUAUGGAAAAUGACAGAUGGCGAGACCUGGACAGGAAAUGCCCUCUUCAGAUUGACCAGCCGAGUGCCAGCAUCUGGGAGUGCCUGCCUGAGAAGUGUCCGGAUGGCGCCCUGUGGCACCGGGAGGCAGCGGCUGCCUGUGCGGUGACCAGCCUGAUCAAAGACCUGAGCCUCAGCGACCACAGCGGGAGCCCCUCAGCACCCCCCAGCAAGCGCCAGUGCCGGUCGCUGUCCUUCUCCGAUGAAAUGUCCAGCUGCCGGACGUCGUGGCGGCCCUUGGGGUCCAGAGUCUGGACUCCUGUAGAAAAGAGACGGUGUCACAGUGGGGGCAGUGUCCAGCGCCACUCCGACGGCUUCAGCCCCGUGCAGAGAAGCUCCAGCUUCAGCCUCCCUUCCCGGGCCAACGCGCUCUCCUCGCACUACGACCAGGCAGCAUUUCACCACCAGUUUGGAGGCCAGCCCUACCAGGGGCUGCCGGGCUCGGCCACCUGUGGACGGGCAGGUGACAUCUGGAGCCCUGACCCGACCCCCGUGGGAGGGGGUCGGCUCGACAUGCAGCGGUCCCUCUCCUGCUCCCAUGAGCAGUUUUCCUUUGCCGAGUACUGCCCACCCUCAGCCAGCAGCACACCUGCCUCAACGCCAGAGCUGGCCAGGCGCUCCAGUGGCCUCUCCCGAAGCCGCUCCCAGCCGUGCGUCCUUAAUGACAAGAAGGUUGGCAUUAAACGGCGGCGCCCCGAGGAGGCGCAGGAGCAGAGGCCUUCCCUGGACCUUGCCAAGAUGGCUCAGAACUGUCAGACCUUCAGCAGUCUCAGCUGCCUGAGCACGGGGAUGGAGGACUGCGGCCCCCACAGCCCCUUCGCCCUCCACGUCAGCAGCACCAGGUCCUGGACUGCCUUGCUCUCGGCCUCCGGCACUGGGGGCAGGACCCCUGCCGGGACCCCUGUCCCUGAGUCGCUCCCCCCGUCCUUCGACGACCGCCCGCCCUGCACAGAGGAGCCAUGCUGUGAGGAGUCUGACGGCUAUGCCCCAGAGGAGGGCUGUGGCUGGAGAGGGGAGCCGGCCCCGGCCUGGCGGGACCGCAGGGCCGCCAGGAACAGCCCCUGCUCCCUGGAUGGCGAGCUGGACAUUGAGCAGAUAGAGAACAACUGAGGGGCUGUGGGCCUUCGGUCAGGGUGGGGUAUGUUAGAGUUAGUGGCCUCUGUCUGGGCACCAGGUGGGCACUUGGAGAGGGAGCCCCACUCCUGGGCCUGAUGAAAGCUUUCUGAGGGCACUGAGUCCCAGGGAGCAAGCCCAGCCACCUCCCGGAGAGGCUGUCCAGCCUUGGGGGGAUCCCGGCCGCACCACCCAGUGGGACGCCUCAGCCUUUCACCAGCACGGCGGCCACAGUCCACAGAACUGCUGGAGCCCAUCAAGCAGCUUUUGGUCUGGCUGUCUUCCCCCUUUCCCUCGUGGGGCAUCGGCUGCAGGCAUCCCAGCCACCCCCCGGGCAGCCUCCUGGCACUCCCGGUGGGGCCCGCUCUGCACGCCGACUCCCAGCUGAGGUUUCUGACCCAGCAGGCUUGUCAGGGGCCUGGGCUCGGGUCCAUCUGGUGGUGUCAGGGCCCUUCCCUGCCUCCUGCUCAGGUUCAGUUCUGGAGAGCUGGCCCCCCAGCUUCUGUCCCUCACUUUUAUUCCGUGCCUUCUCUCCCAGGUCUCCCUGCUUCAGGCUUGGGAAGGUUCGGGAGAUGCUUCCUUCUGUACUAACAACAGAACCAUUUGGCCUUAAUUCCAAGUGUGGGAGACAGGGGCCCUGGGGUGCUGGGUGGCCCUCCACAUCUGAACUUUCAGGGCCCAGGGAACAGCUUGGUGUGCUCGUUAGAGUCUGUCUGCAUUGGGUAGACAUUUGGUAGCUCUACUGGCCAAAAAGACAGAGCCACUUGCCACUCCUGUGGUGUGGAGGUCUGAGCCCGUGGCUCUCUGCCACUCUGGAGGCCACCUCAGCACGGGUGGCAUGUGGCAGCCAUUCUCCAUGCCUAACCUGUCACUGGGUGCUUAGCGUAGUUGAUUCAGGUGAGUAGAAAGACGUCAACAUAAAAGGGCACCUUCUGUAAAAUGUCCUCAGGAGGCAGGAGCUGUGAGCAGGUGCACAAACCCAGGCCCUGUGCACAUUUUAGGGGUGGAAGAUGUCUGCUGGCCACUCUGGGGGGCCUUCAAGGGCCCCUGCAGUAUUCUAAGCAUGCUGUCUUGGUUACUGGGGACUGCUGGCUUUAAUCAAGGUGCAUCGUCCCCCUCAGGUCAAGCCCACCCGCUGGUCAGCUGCAGGAAGCAGAGCAUUCUAAGUGCUGUUCCCUGCUGCAGGCCCCCUCAGGCCCAGAGCUCGCUGUGCACAUGCACUCUCCCAGGCUCCUCACACCCCGGCAGAUCCCUAACACGGAGGAGUGCCUGGCGUGUGAGGUCUUGCUCUCAGGCAGCUCCCCUCUAGCCGGCUUGCAGACACACCAUGUGGUCCUGCUCUCGUGGAAUCUGGCUUUUAGCAAACUUGCCAUCUUCUGCAGACAAGAGCAAUUGGGCUGGCUUAAAAGCAAGUGGCUGCUUUUCCCAUAAGGCUAAAAGUAACUGGGGUGUUCUCCUGGGUUCGCUGACUCGUGCUAAGAGCACCUGGGUAGUCGCUUUGCUCUUGUGCAUCCGCUCUGGAUGGAGGUUGAACACAAAUGGUUCUCACCUUUCUCCUAAAGAAAGACCCUAUUUGGGAAACUUGACUUAAACCUCCACUUUUUUUACUAGCUCAAAAGUGUGGUGGCUUAAGUUCUGAUUUAUAGGUUGCUUUUCUUAAAAAUCAGCCCUCAGAUGCUUGCAGAAAAUCCAACUUGGUGGCCCUUGGAGGCUGUGUUCACAGCCCAAGCUAGAGUAUCAUGGUUGUCGUACAGGGCCCUGGGCAGCUCUGGGGUGGGGGCCGGCUAGCCUCAGUGGCUCCCACCAAAGGCACGUCCCCCAGGACCCUGGAGAGCCGAAUCAGAGAGCUGGUUGCUCUGGGUAGAUGAUGACCUCUUUGCCCGAUCUCCACUCGGCAGGUUGUGGAGGCCACAUUUCCUUAGAGCAGAUCUGAGACGGCUGGGGUGGGUAUUGCUGACAUACGAAUUCAGAGAGCACGUGGAUGCCUCAUGUCCCCAGCCUGGGAUGGAAGGCACAGGCCCCUGUCACCUGUCACGGUGACCACAGAGGGAGCAUGGCCUCCAAAGCAGUCCUUCCUGUGGAAGGUGAGGCGGUGCCCCACCUCCUGGUGUACGUUGCAGGGAGGGAUGGAGGGUUGAGUGCUAUGGAGCAGGUGACCUGUCCUUGGACCCUGCCUGCUACCUCCCUUCCCAGGCCAGGGGGCAGGGAAGGACGAGCCGUGGAGCUCGUGAGACGGCCUGUCCACCACCCGCGCCCAAGCUGGUCCCAUCACCAGCAAGCCCACCCCCAGGCCCUUUCCGGCUUCCCCAGACUCCUCCUGGCUGUCCCCACCCCCACCAAAGCGCCUAGCCAAAGCCCACAGUAGCAGCAGUGAGGGGAGAGAAUGGCCGGUGUCCCUUCUGGUCAGAGAAAGAAGUGGCCCUCAGUUGGCUUCAUGUUUGUCUUGUUAAUGCAGCGAGCAGACCCCAUUUAAAAGGAACUGCCGUUCUGCCCGAAGAGGGCACGCUCCACCAUGGCAGCAGGACCAACGGUCUUGCUGGGAGAUUCGCCCAGGGGGUCCCUCUGACCCCGUGUGGCUGUCCCCCCGGGCGGCAGUGCACUGGGAGCUCGCCCUCCAGGAGCCGCCCUUUUGCCCCGGCCCCAUUUCUUGCAGCCAGUGCCCAUGAACUCCUGCCUCCAAGGGGAGACUGAGGGAGUUAAGAGCCAGGAGCGAGGGCUGUGCCAGGCCGCCCGGGGGCCCCGAGGGGCGAGGGCAGUCACGGCUCCCGGAGGGCCGGGUGGGGAGGGAGGCCAGCUGUCAUGUGCACCCCCGCCCGCUCCCAUAGGAGCGCGUGCGAAGCCGCGGGGCCAGCAAGGGCGGCUGCGCGGGGCCAGGGCCGCGGCCGCUCCUGCCUCACCCGGGGCGGGGGCGGGGGCCGGCCCGGGGCCCACAGGCGGCAUGACAUCGAGCCCACCGGAGCUGUUCUGGUCAUACACACAGAUUUUCAUUCUCAGAAAGCCUUACUUUUCAAUAAAAUCUUUGUAGCAGGAA